AUGAGGCCGAAAGAAGAUAAUUUAGAACGUAAACGACGUAAGAUACUGAAACCAAUAACCCAUCCAUUAGAGGAGAUAGUUUCAAUAAAUAAAAAUAAAGAGAAAGAAAAUAAUCAAAUGGGAGCUUCAUAUGAAAAUGAUUAUGAUAACUUUAGUUCAUGUACAAGUGAUUACUAUUAUUAUUCAGAUACUAAAGAAGAAUUAAAUGAAAGCAUUUUCAAUGAAGAAAGGGAUAGUGACAUAAACGUUACUUAUGGUACCAGAAACGAGGAACGCAGAUUACUGAUGGGAAACGUUCCAAUCGCAAUAAAGAAAACUAAAGACAGUUCAGUAGAUGAUAUUAAAAAUAAAAGCUAUGUCAUUACUCCAGGACUAUCAUAA